UAGACAAGCUGUCUCCACUCUCAAUAUCAAUAUCCAUCAGAGUGUGCAAAGCCAGGCGAACUAUUAUUCAUGAGCGAUCUCUCCACGUGAAUUUAAUAACUCCAUAGCUCGAUCGCUCUAGCUGGCAAAGAAAGAGAGAGGAGACUACACAGGGAUAAAUCAAGCUGCUUGAAAGUCACUUUAAUACAGUCACUUUAUCUAUAAUACCGUUACUGGAAAUGGCUGAAGACAGCUCCACCUCACCAAUGGAUGACUCUGCAACAGCAGAGAAUGAGCUCAGCAAGUCUGAGGACCAGUUGAAUCAGAGUAAUGGUGCCAGUGAGGAUACUCUAUCCCACAGUAAUGGUGCCAGUGAGGACACGCUAUCCCACAGUAAUGGCGCCAGUGAGGACAGUGUAGAGGAACUGAUGAGAUCAACGCUGGUGCAUCGUGGUGCUCUAGAGAUGGGCAGUGUUGAUAACCUGGCUGACGGGUUAUUGGGCGGAGGGGAGGACGGGUUCAGCAUUCACAAACCAAGUCACCACGUACCCCUACACUCAGACUUCUGGUCCAGCCAACCGGAUAAACUAGUUAAGACCAGAUUCAGUGAGAGUGGAGCCUCCUCUGAACCAGCAGAGACUGUGACCAGCUUGCUUGAACGAACAGUGUUAGCAUAUGGGGAGCACACAGCGUUGGCUGUUAAGAGGCAGGGGGAGUGGCAGAAGUGGACUUACAGGAAGUACCAGGAGGAGUGUAUGUGUAUGGCCAAGGCUAUGAUUGAGCUCGGACUAGAACCUCAUCACGGUGUGUGUAUCCUUGGCUUCAACUCUCCCGAGUGGCACAUCAGCUGUCUGGCUGCCAUCAUGGCCGGUGGUCUCUCGGUAGGCCUGUAUCUCACAAGCACGGCUGAUGCUUGUCACAACGCUGCACUGAUUUGUAAAGCCAACAUCAUUAUUCUGGAGAAUGACACACAACUGCAGAAAAUAUUACGAAUUCGUGACCAACUACCGGAUCUCAAGGCCAUUAUUCAGUACACAAAAGAAGUGAGAGAACCAACAAACAGUGUCUUUGACUGGCGUCAAGCAAUGAACCUCGGCUCCCGUACCUCAGAGGCACGACUCAGGCAACGGAUGGACGUGCUGCAACCUAACAAGUGCUGCUCUGUCAUAUUCACUUCUGGCACCUCGGGCAAAUCCAAAGGUGUUAUGCUGAGUCACGACAAUCUCACAUGGAUGUGUCGGCGUAUCCUCUCCUAUGUGAACUUCACCAGCGGAGAGGAGCACAUGAUCAGCUACCUGCCACUAUCACACGUGGCACCUCAACUAUUGGAUGUCUACCUCCCCAUAGCAACAGCGGGGACCUGUUGGUUUGCACAGCCUGACGCUCUCAAGGGGUCACUGUUGAACACAAUGAAAGAGGUCCGUCCAACCAUAUUCCUGGGGGUACCAAGAGUCUGGGAGAAGAUAGCUGAGAGCAUGCAGUUGGUUUCCAUGAAUACGAGCGGCUUCAAGGCAAAGGUGGCCUCGUGGGCCAAGGGACUCGGACUGAAGGCCAACCUCCGGAAACAGUCAGGUGAUAAAUCCAGCAAGCCGUUUGGUUGGUCACUGGCUAGCAUGUUCUUCUUCAAAAAGGUACGAGAAGCCCUGGGGCUAGAUCGUUGUCACUUUCCGAUGACAGGGGCUGCCCCCACUAACGAGGACACUCUCAGCUACUUCAUGAGUGUCGAUAUUCCACUGCACGAACUAUACGGCAUGAGCGAGACUUCUGGACCCACCACAGUGACGACAACUGAUCGUAUCCGCUACUGCUCAGUGGGGCGUAAAUUUGAGGGUGGGGAGAUCAAGAUAGACCGGCCUGACAAAGAAGGAACAGGGGAGGUGCUGCUACGUGGUCGCCACGUUUUCAUGGGAUAUCUUGGUCUCCCCGAACUAACGCAAAACACCCUGACCCACGAUGGUUGGUUGAGGUCAGGUGACAUUGGAUACGUCAGUGAGGAUGGCUACUUGUACAUCACUGGUCGUAAGAAAGAGCUCAUUAUCACAGCAGGGGGCGAGAAAGUUGCCCCCGUGCCUAUAGAGAGCCUGAUUAAACAAGCCCUGCCCAUGGUAAGCAACGCUAUCUUGAUAGGAGAUCAGAGGAAGUUUCUCACUUGUCUGCUCACUCUCAAAGUGGAGGUCGAUAAUACUACAGGUCUCCCCACGGACCGACUCACCCCGGCAGCCUUGGCCUGCUGUCAAAAGGUUGGCAGUUCUUCAGCAACUGUGGGGGACAUUAUUGACCGAGGUGAGGGAGAUCACAAGGUACUCAGGAUGAUACAGAAAGCAGUGGAUAAUGUCAACAAAAAGGCUUCCUCAAAGAUCUCAAAGAUUGCCAAGUGGUCAAUACUAGACAACGACUUCUCAAUAGCUGGAGGGGAGUUGACCCCCACACUCAAGCUGAAGCGGUCAGUGAUUAUGAUGAAGUAUGCAGACUGUAUUGAUGCAUUCUAUCUAACAUGAAUAACUGUGUAGCUUUUGUGUUUACGUUAUUCACUGUCAUUAUUAUUUUUCAUUAUUGGGUUGAUAGUCAUUCUACUCUUAUUUUAGGUUCAUUUUUUGUAUAGUGCACACUGUGUAUAGUGUUUGCUGGUGUCAAUUGUUGAGAGCUGCAUAUAAUUAUGUUCCACAACCUAGUGUCUGUAUAGGUAUGCCUGCUGUUAGCUCAAUUCCAGGCCCUUGAACAUUGGUGUAAUGUGUGUCAUGCUGUUUAAGUCUCUCCUAAUUAACUCAAAACGGUUUUGUACCUACCUCUUCAGUUCUGUUUUAAUUACAUGACUGUGUCAAUUUGUGUUCAGAA